CCGCCCCACCCGGCGGCAGCGUGCGGCUGCUCUGCUCGGAGCCGGGCUGCGAGCGGGGAUGGCGGCGGUGGCGGCGACUGCAAGCCGGCUGCUCCGGCUCCGUGCGGCCGGGGCUGAGCGGCCCUGGCGUGGGCUUCGUGGCGCCGGGCUGGCGCGGGGCUUCCUGCAGUCCGCCUCGGCUGGCCAUGGUGCGGCCCCGAGGCGGCAGGUGGCUCACUUCACUUUCCAGCCCGACCCGGAGCCCCAGGAGUACGGGCAAACUCAAAAAAUGAAUCUUUUCCAGUCAGUAACAAGUGCCUUGGAUAACUCAUUGGCCAAAGAUCCUACUGCAGUAAUAUUUGGUGAAGAUGUUGCCUUUGGUGGAGUCUUUAGAUGCACUGUUGGUUUGCGAGACAAAUAUGGAAAAGAUAGAGUUUUUAACACUCCAUUGUGCGAACAAGGAAUUGUUGGAUUUGGAAUUGGAAUUGCAGUUGCUGGUGCUACUGCCAUUGCAGAAAUUCAGUUUGCAGAUUAUAUUUUCCCUGCUUUUGAUCAGAUUGUCAAUGAAGCUGCCAAGUAUCGCUACCGCUCCGGGGAUCUUUUUAACUGUGGGAGCCUCACUAUCCGGUCCCCCUGGGGCUGCGUUGGCCACGGGGCUCUCUAUCAUUCUCAGAGUCCUGAAGCGUUUUUUGCACAUUGCCCAGGAAUCAAGGUGGUUAUACCCAGAAGCCCUUUCCAGGCCAAGGGACUUCUUUUGUCAUGCAUAGAGGAUAAAAAUCCUUGUAUAUUUUUUGAACCUAAAAUACUUUACAGGGCAGCAGUGGAACAGGUUCCAAUAGAACCUUACAACAUCCCCCUGUCCCAGGCUGAAGUCAUACAGGAAGGGAGUGAUGUUACCCUGGUUGCCUGGGGCACUCAGGUUCAUGUGAUCCGGGAGGUGGCUUCCAUGGCAAAAGAAAAGCUUGGAGUGUCUUGUGAAGUCAUUGAUCUGAGGACGAUAAUACCUUGGGAUGUGGAUACAGUUUGUAAGCAAAUAAGUCCUAAGACCUAG